GGAAUACGAAUCCAUGUUGAAAAACUACGACUCCCAUAAUGCACUUGUGACAGUAACCGGAAGUGCUGUGUACCGAGUCCACGCGCUGUUGUGUUUGAAAAUCAUGCGCUUGGAGCAGGCAGGGCCUUGCUGCUGUCAUGUACCCGACGCCUCUGUACGCUCCGGCCGGCUGUGACGCUUUCGCAGACGUGUAUGAACCGGCCGAAGACUCGUUCUUGCUGAUGGACGCUCUGGAGAAAGACGCUGAGCGUCUGAAGGGAAGCAGGAAGAAUAAGGUGGAUAAGCAACCUUUUAUAAAUGAGGCCCGCUGUGUGUCUCUGAUCAGGCCGUCUGUGUGUCUGGAGGUGGGCAGCGGGUCUGGAGUCGUCUCGGCUUUCCUCGCGUCUGUGGUCGGGCCUGAAGCGCUGUAUCUCUGCACUGAUGUGAAUCCAGCGGCUGCGCAGUGCACACUGCAGACGUCUCACCGCAAUCACCUGCAGCUGCAGCCAGUCAUCACUGACCUGGUUCAGUGUCUUCAGCCGAGGUUGAAUGGAAAAGUGGACGUGCUUGUUUUCAAUCCGCCGUACGUCAUCACUCCAUCAGAGGAGGUGGGCAGCCGCGGGAUCGAGGCAUCAUGGGCCGGCGGGAUCCGCGGUCGAGAGGUGAUGGAUCGAGUCUUUCCCAUGAUUCCACAGCUGCUGUCAGAUCACGGCCUGUUUUAUCUGGUGACCGUGUCAGAGAACGACCCAGAAGAGAUCGUGGAUGUGUUGGGUAAAUCAGGACUGAACGGAGAGGUGUGUUUGACCCGUCAGGCUGGACGAGAGAGACUCUCUAUACUGCGCUUCAGUAAAUCCUGACUGUUAUGAUAUAAACCCAGCUGAUGUUCUGAGCUUCGUCCCGCCGCUGAACCCGCUGCGUUUGUUUCCAUAAAGUCUGCUGGAGCUCAACAGCUGGGUCACAAGAAGCUAGUUAGUGAUUCCUCACGGAUCCUCGAGUGUUUGACGGACAUCAGCCCGAGUCGCGUGUUUCAUUCCAUCCGUUUCUCUUCUGAGCAGCACGUGUUCACUAUCGAGGGUUAAACGCUCUUACUGACCCGCACUGAGAUCCAGAGCACAUGGCACUACCCAGAAUGCCACGGUUAUCAAUCACUGUAUUAAACUUUUUUUUUUUUGUCUUGGUUGUUGUUUUUGUUUUGUUUUUUCCAUAAAAGGUCCAUUUUACACAAACUAAGAGAAGAGUCGACAUAACUAAAACAAAAAAGAAAAUAAAGGGAAAAACUUUAGAAUAAUUGUAUAUUUUUUCCAGUCAUAAUAAAGAUGGAUAUAUAUACAGUCAUGGCCAAAAAUAUCGGCACCCUUGGUAAAUAUGAUCAAAGAUGGCUGUGAAAAUUAAUCUGCAUUGUUAAUCCUUUAUUUAAAAAAUUCACAAAAAUCUAACCUUUGAUUGGAUAAUAAGAAUUUAAAAUGGGGGGAAAUAUCAUUAUGAAAUAAAUGUUUUUCUCUAAUACACAUUGGCCACAAUUAAAAUUUUAUUUCAUUCAAUACUUUUUGAAACCUCCAUUUGCCAGUUUAACAGCUCUAAAUGUUCUCCUAUAAUGCCUGAUGAGGUUAGAGACACCUGACAAGAGAUCAGAGACCAUUCCUUCAUCCAGAAUCACUCCAGAUUCACAGCUUCUUCUCUUCAGGUCACUCAUGUUCUACAGGGUUCAGGUCAGAGGACUGGAAUGGCCAGCAGAAGCUUGGUUUUGUGCUCAGUGACCCAUUUUUGUGUUGAUUUUGAGGUUUGUGUUUGGAUUAUUGUACGGUUGGAAGAUCCAAACAUGGCCCAUUAUAAUAUUUCUAACAGAGUCAGUCACUUAUUGAUUUUUUAUCUGUUGGUAUUUGAUCUGUUGUAAACAAGAAGUCCAGGACCUCCAGCAGAAAUAUAGGCUUUUUGAGUUUGAUCUGACCAUAGAAGCCAGUCCCAUUUGAAGUUCCAGUCGUGUCUGAGCGAGGAGAAUUCUUCUUGAAACCCUCCUGAACAACAUGUGCUGAUGUAGCUGCUGUUUGACUUUUUUUUUUAAAAAGGUUUUCUGACCCCGAGACUCAACUAUUUUCUGCAGUUCUCCAGCUGUGGUCCUUGGAGUCUCUUUAGCCGCUCAAACUCUCCUCCUCACCGUGCAUUAGGACGAUAUAGACACGCGUCCUCUUCCAGGCAGCUUCAUAACAUUUUAUAUUGAUUGGAAAUUCUUAAUUUCAUUUACAUUUUACAUUUAGUCAUUUAGCAGAUGCUUUUAUCCAAAGCGACUUACAAAUGAGGACAUUAGAAGCAAUCAAAACCAACAAAAGAGCAACAACAUGCAAGUGCUAUUACAAGUCUUGGUUAGCCUAACGCAGUACAAGUAGAAAGGUUGUCUUUUGUUUUUUUUAAAGAAAACGAGUAGAUAGAAUAUAGCAAAAAAAAAAAGGAAACAGAAUAGAAAAAAGAAAGCUAGUGUUAGUUUUACAAGAAAAGCUAGCAGUUAGAGAAUAAAUAUGCAAUUGAUAGAGGGUCAAGUGUGUGUGUGUGUGUGUUUGUGUUUUUUUUUUAACAAAAAGACGACAGAUAGAUCAAAUAGAAUUAGAAUAGAGAGCGCUAGAGUUAGAGGGUCAAAUAAAGAUGGAAGAGAUGUGUUUUUAGCCGUUUCUUGAAGAUGGCUAAGGAUUCAGCUGCUGGGAUUGAGUUGGGCAGGUCAUUCCACCAGGAGGGAACAGUUAAUGUAAAAGUCUGUGAAAGUGAUUUUGUGGCUCUUUGGGAUGAACAAUAAUGCGUCGUUCACUUGCAGAACGCAAGCUUCUAGAGGCACAUAGGUCUGAAGUAAUGAAUUUAGGUAAAGGGGUGCAGAGCCAGUGGUGGUUUUGUAGGCAAACAUUAAUGCCUUGAAUUUUAAUGCGAGCAGCUAUUGGUAGCCAGUGCAGAUUGAUGAACAGAGGUGUGAUGUGCGUUCUUUUCAGCUCAUUAAAGAUUAAUCUUGCAGCGGCAUUUUGGAUUAAUUGUAGAGGUUUGAUGGAAUUGGCUGGAAGACCUGCCAAGAGAGCAUUGCAAUAGUCAAGUCUGGACAGAACAAGAGCCUGAACAAGGAGUUGUGAAGCAUGUUCUGAGAGAAAGGGCCUGAUCUUCUUAAUAUUGUAUAAUGCAAAUCUGCAGGACCGGGCAGUUUUAGCAAAGUGGUCUGAGAAAUUCUACUUAUCAAUCACAACUCCAAAUUAUUGCCCUGCUCUAGCUCUUUUCUUAAAGCCACUUCACUAAUUUGUGAAGCUCAAUUAUCUUUUACUGCACAUCAGAAAUAUAUUCGUUGGUUUUUCUCAUUGUGAUGAUGAUUAAGGGAAUUUGGGCUUUGUUUUCCCUCCUAUUUAUAUUUCUGUGAAUCAGGAAGCCAUGGCUGGAUGAUUUCAUGGCCAUAAUCACUCUGGAGUGCUCAAAAUUGUGAAUAUGAAUGGGAAUAUACUUCAGAGAUAUUUUACUCAUAAGAAUUUAUAGGGGUGCCAAUAAUUGUGUCCAACGUGUAUUUGAGAAAAACAUUUAUUUGAUAAUGAUAUUUCCCCCAUUUUAAAUUCUUAUUAUCCAAUGAAAGGUUAGAUUUUUGUGAAUUUUUAAAAUAAAAGAUCAAAAUUAUUAAUUCAGGUUUAUUUUCAGAGCCUUUUUUGAUCAUAUUUACCAAGGGUGCCAAUACUUUUGGCCAUGACUGUAUAUAUAUAUUUCCAUCUUUAGAAUAAUUGUAUAUUUUAUGUAUUUUUCUCAUAAAAUGAAAAAAGAGAGAUACUUUUAAUAGUUUUUAAUAUUUUUACUUAACGUUUUAGUAGUGUUGGUGUUUUAAAAUGUCAGCAUAAACUAAAAUAAAUGUUUAAAAACCCUGAAAAAAGUAACACCAGUUAUUCAUGUUGUUCCCAUUAUACUUUAAAAUGACUGGAUAUAAAGAUGGAAAUAUUUUUUUUUCUUCCAAAAAUGAAGUUAAAUGAGUGUUGGUGUUUUAAAUGUCUAUAUAGUUUUUAUUUCAGUUUUGUAAUUUUUUUAUAAUACUUUGUAUAAAUUGUAUACAUCAAGUCAAACUUUGGAAUAAAGAUGUUAAAAAAUA